AUGGCCUUCUGCGCCUCUGCGCAAGCCUUCACCGACUCGUCUCCUUUUGUGAUGCUGUCAACCGCGAAGUUCGCGCCAUCAAACCCCGCCCAACUCCAGACCGAAUCCCAAGUCGUCAAGACCGUCCAGGACCUCCUCUCCUCUUGCCCGACGGAUCGCUACCUUCUCGUCGCUCAGCCCAACGUCAACGCCGCCGACAUCCGCGGCCCGGACGGCGGUGACUGUAAGGCUCCGAACCUGUGCCGCGCGAUCGCCGGGAGCGACGUCCGCGGCGUCUACAGUGUCGCCGAGGUCGUCGGAGAGGUGCCCAUCAGCACGCUGGCCGACUACAUCAAGACGGCGUGCGCGGGUAAGACGGUCGAAAUCGAGCAGACCAGGCUCGCCCCCCUCGGACGGGACACCCGCGAGAGGGCCAGCACGCUCGCCGACAACGACUACGCCCUCGGCCGCAACCUUGAGACACUGCGCAGCGCCUCCGACUCGUACACCGUCAUCUACCUCGCCAGCCCGUCAGAGCCUACCUACCAGGCCGAGUUCACCGGCGAGCCUCUGCACGCGGAGCUCAAGCGCCACGAGGCGAGCCUGCUGCAUGCCAGGAAGGACAAGAACGAGACGGACUGGAACAAGCUUCCCCUCUUUGAAAAAUACGUCUUCUUCUCGCCAGGCGUCUUCCACGCCAUCGUUGCCUCCAUUAUCCUCUUCAGCAUUCUUGGUGUCGCCAUCAGGGCCCUUGCUAGCCUUGAGAUUCCCUAUGGGGCUUUCGACAAGGAGAAUGGCCCCGCCGCUCACAAGAAGAGCCAGUAG